UCAGAAACCGUAAUACAGGAGUCAUCAAACUUUUCAAACAAAGGACCAGUGGCCAAAUUGUGGUCAGUGGGGGUGACCAGAGUCUCAGGCCCAGCAUCAGUGAGAAAAGACAUUGCCUUAGUGUUGGUGGUCAGUAGGAUGAGGAGUAGUGCCCCAGCAUUGGCACUGGUGGGAGUAAUAGUGCCCCAGCAUUGGUGUCUGUGGGAGGAAUAGUGCCCCAUAUUUGGUCUCAGUGGGAGGAAUAGUGCCCCAUCAUUGGUAUUAGUGGGAGGAAUAGUGCCCCAUCAUUGGUAUUGGUGGGAAGAAAAGUGCCCCAUCAUUGGUGUUGGUGGGAGGAAUAGUGCACCAUCAUUGGUGUUGGUGGGAGGAAUAGUGCUCUAUCAUUGGUAUUAGUGGGAAGAACAGUGCCCCACCAUUGGUGUCAGUGGGAGGAAUAAUGCCCCAUCAUUAGCAUUAGUGGAAGGUAU